AUGGCGGAAAAAAUGUACUACUGGGGUGAGGAGAAGGAUCAGGUCGAUCCCGACCAGACCUUCAUAGAGUUCAAGGCCAAAUCGGUGGGGGCGGAAAAGAGACGUGAGGCUUCCCGUUCUGUGCCGAAGAUGACGGUGUCCUCGCCACAGGGAAAAAUGACUGAGAUCACCGGAAACCGAGAGGAGGAUGCUGAGCGCGGUGGUUGGGGCAAUAAACUCGACUUUCUGUUCUCUUGCAUAAGUGUUUCCGUAGGCUUGGGAAAUGUUUGGCGGUUCCCUUACCUCUGUUACAAAAACGGCGGCGGUGCUUUCCUGAUCACUUAUGGCAUCGCUAUGCUAUUCUGCGGAAUCCCUAUAUUUUUUCAAGAAGUCGCUAUCGGACAAUAUCUCGGAGCUGGUGGAAUGUCGUUAGUGGGACAACUGUGUCCUCUCUUGCAAGGUGUGGGAUAUGCCACGAUGACCAUUGUAUUCUUCCUCGACGUGUACUAUUGCAUAAUUAUUUCUUGGACACUUUUCUACCUCAUAAGCACGUUUGUGAAUUUACCCGGAGUACCUUGGAGUGGAUGUCAUAAUUGGUGGAACACAGAAGAUUGUUUCGACGCGACUCAAGGGAGCAAAAGUAUACAAGGAAGAACGAACUGCACGAUUUUUAUCGGAAAUAAUACCUGCCAUCAUACCACGCCAGUGGAAGAGUAUUGGGAGCAACGAGUUCUCGGAAUUACAUCCGGCAUUGAGAGUAUCGGCAAUAUUCAAUUGGAGCUACUCGGUUGCCUGAUUGUCGGCUGGCUGCUCGUUUACUUUAUCAUCCGGCGCGGUCUUCAUCAGAGCGGUAAGAUCAUCUGGUUUUCAGCCUUGUUCCCGUACGUGGUGCUUUUCAUUCUUUUGGGAAGAGCGGUGACGUUGGAGGGUUCCUACGAGGGUUUGCUUUACUACGUGACGCCGCGAUGGGAGGAAUUGCUCACGCCCGGGCCAUGGAUAGACGGCGCUACCCAGAUCUUUUUCGCCUACAGUAUCGGCACCGGCGCCUUGCCCGCCUUGGGCUCUUACAACAAGUUUCAUCACAAUUGUUACAGAGACGCAAUAAUCACUUGCGUAGUCAACACCCUGACGUGUCUUCUGGCCGGUUGCGUAACCUUUUCGAUACUGGGUCACAUCGCCCAGGAACAACAAACGCAGGUGUCCGAGGUCGUCAAGAGCGGACCUGGUCUCGUGUUCCUUACGUAUCCCGAGGUCGUUCUCAAGCUACCCGGUGCUUCCUUGUGGGCCAUUAUAUUCUUCAUUAUGCUGCUCAUACUCGGUAUCGACAGUGAAUUUUGCAUCGUGGAGUCUUUCAUAACGGGUAUGGUCGACUACUGGCCGGACAAACUUCGCCCUCACAGAGUCAAGUUCACGAUAGCUAUUUGCCUGAUAAUGUUCGCCCUGGGAAUCCCAAUGGUCACGAACGGUGGAAUCUACAUUUUCCAACUGAUGGACUUCUACUCCGCGAGUGGAAUGUCCAUUUUGUGGGUGUGCUUCUUUCAAACGAUUGCGAUCUCAUGGAUCUUUGGAGCACAGAAAUUCUGCGAUUGCGUGCAUCAGAUGAUGGGAAUUCGAUUGAACAAAUUCUGGUACAUAUGCUGGGUCCUACUCGCGCCGAUUAUCAUGGCUUUUAUCUUCGUAUUCCAAUGUGUGCAAUAUAAACCGCUCAAGUAUGGCAGUGAUUACGAGUAUCCGACGUGGGCAGAAAUAGUCGGUGUGUGCUUGAGUCUCUCAUCUAUGAUCUGGAUACCGGUGUAUGCGAUAUAUUACGUAAUAGUCACACCAGGAUCGAUUAAGGAGAACAUCUUAAAGGGUUUACAGCCUAACAUAAAAUCGCACGCAAAACUACCGAAAGGCGAGAAGUCGGCCGUGAUACCAAUGUCAGAAAGCAGUGCAGGUUUAAUCACGAAAAAUAACAGUUUCUUAAGUCAAACAUGAUUGGCGCUAGCGAUCACUUUUAACUCAUGUUAGGUUACAUUUAUCUUAAAAAUAAUAUUUAUAGUAAGAUAAAUAUAUAUAUAAAUAUAUAUAAAAGUGAGUCCAGCGCACGUGACUGGUUCAAUAGUAAUUUGUGUCAAAGCGGACGCGUGUCAAAUGUCGAAUUCAGUUUCCAUCGUCUCGUAUGUUCAGUUCCGCAGCGAUCAUCACACUAUUAUUUAUUUAACGAUAAGUCGUAUAGUAUAACGUUUAUUUAAUGACAUGUUCCCGGUAAGAAUACCAGAUAUGCUCCCUAAUUCUUUAACGGCUGGCAUUGGUCGUGAUAUUCCGAUAUUGGGACAAUUUCGAAAGUUCUGUCUUGUUAAAGAAACUCUUUUAAAGUUUUCUCUCUUUUAGACGCAUUGUUAAUUUUACCACAACCACGUAACGAUUCGCAACGUCGGAGUUAUUAUAUUAUCUCGCAGAUGGCGUUUGAGAUUUCAUCAUCCGAAUUUUAAUUAGCACACAACAAUCCGCGCCAGCUGUUAGGGAUUUAGGGCAGAGAAUUUUGGCUGAGAAAAUUACUUGGGGAAUCGCGAUUCGAUGAUUCGUAUGCGUUGACCAAGUCGAUAAGAUACUCAGUAAAAAGCGUAAUAAGUAUAGGAAGCGGAACGACGGAGCGAAGAGAGGGAGAGAGUGGUGGACGCGGAGAGAAUGUACUUUAGAAAUAAUAAUAGUGUAUCGCGCUAGUAUUCAGAUAACUAUUUAUGCGGACAAUUUGAAAGAAGUAUAUUUUUAUAUCGCGAUCAUGUCGCGAUAAUUGAUAUGAAUUUUUAACGGAGAGAUUGUUUGGUUGAUGAUUCGACUGGUUUAAUUCACGUUGACGAAGACCUCAAGUUCUCGCGUUCAGAGGGAUCGCGCGCGAGCUUUUGGGGAAAACGAAUAGAAAUUUACAUUCUCUCUCCUGGGGCUUGCAUCUACUCCAAGUAGUGGUGCAACUCGCGAGCUGUUCGAAAGCUUUCCCCGGCGGAGCGCAUCGAGGGAUUCGCAGCAGCUCUACGAAGUAACAUAGAAACAUAGCGCGUAGAAUAAGUACGGAUAUACUGGCAGUUACUAAAAUAUACUCAAUACAUACCGAAGUACAAGUAAAACGAGGUAAAAGUCUAAUUUUUGCUACUCGCGUUCGAAUGUCGAAGUGACUCGAUGCGUUCGUCGGGACGAGACGAAUCUCCGAUUUCAACCAGUCGCAAUGAUCAACUGGACCACGUAGCAGGAAAUACGAGAUAUUUCUAUUGACAAAGCAGUUUUGCAGUUCGCGCACUGCAUUCGACUCUUCGACAGCACAAAUUUUUCAGGAUCCUUCUUUUCUUUCCUAUGCGUCCCACAUUUAUAAAACGCGAAUUAUAUCAGCGCGAGACGCGAGUAUGAUGGCGUGUUUAUGAUGUGAUGUGAACGCACGGUUAACAAAGCGAUGUAUAAUUUUCACCGUUAUUGACUCGGCCGAAAUUUCAGUUUACAUUCGAGACACUCGAUUUCAUAAUGCCACUAAUUUAGCAUCGUUCCAGUUUUACGGACAUUUCUUUAAGCGCGCAGAAAGUGCGGAAGAGCGAUUGAAGUUUGCAAUUAACGUCACUAGCGACAAGCAUUCAGUGUCUAAAGACACGUCUAACAGUAUUUGAUAAAACUGAUGUUACAUUUAGAGAGUAUGUUAGAAUUAUUCGAAAGAUACUUUAAUUCUGUAAGCGAUGUUAUCCUGUUUAAUCUCCUAAAGCAGAGUUUUAAUCUAUUCGACUGAUUCGAACGUCAAGGUAUCCUUUGCAAAAAUUCAACUCUAUAUAAACCUUAUUUUCCACAUUAUAUUACUUCAAGUAUAUAUAUUAUUACUUUUGUUGCUCAUUAAUGCUCGUAAAAACUCCAAACUUUCGAUUUCUUUUCUGACGUAAAGGUAUUUCUCAUUCGGAAGAUUUUUUCAUUUCUCUCGCAACCUAGAAGCAAUAACGAUAAACAGUAAAUGAGGUGAGCGCUUUUAGAAAGAAAAAGAAAACAAGAAAACCGGCCUAAUUCAUUGCAGUAUUUCUUCCUUGUUUAGCCCGUAGGGUACUCUUAAUCGCGUACGCUAUUCGUCGAAGUGUUGCAAUUGUUGACGUUGUACAAUACUAAGAAGUGGCUGAUAGCUUAACGCGACGUUCGUUUCUAUUUUAGUACCACCAUUGUUGUGACGUAAAGUACUUCCAAUAGUAAAGUUAAGAAGCGAGCGAUAUUAUAAGCCAGUUGGAUCUGCGUUGAACAACAUGAAUUCAUAAGACAAAAACGGCACGGUUUGCGAUUAACUUUUUCGCGAUCGAUAUGUUGGCAGCGUUUUACGAUACGUAUCUGAAAACGACUCGAAACCCAACGGUGACUGUCUUGCGAGUUAUCGAAACGUUGGACGUUGUCGCCGGACGUUGUUCGCACGUGCCGGCCGCGAAUCGAUCGUAUUUCAUUAUCAAUCGACGAAUUAUUCAGUGACACGCGGAACAUACAUAAAAGAGGACGACUCUUUCACAUCCGUCUCACGAGAGCAAAAGACAACACUGCGACCGUACAUAUGUAUAACGUUGUAAACUUGUUCAACGCACGAUAAGCGUAAUAAUCACGUGUUUCCACGUGACUCUGUAUCUUAUAGAUGUAUUCAAUGUGAUGUACAAGCACAAACGUGUGGUGUGCUAGCAUAAAUUUUACGCGAUUAUAUUUGUUUCACGGGUGACACCCGCGUGUAUGAUCGCAGGCGUGAGUAACUCGAUUAAUAAUAAAUGGCUCUACAAAUUGGUGUUCGCAAAUAGAGGAAUUCGUACAAAGAAUUAAGUAUUAUACGAAUUAUAUUUCUAUAUGUAUGUACAAGGUGUGAUAAAAAAAAGACCGGAAUUCUGUCGUCGAGCGCGUAAAACUUCACGGAUGUAGUUUAAGAUUUUACAAAUAGAUAGCGCAUCCUUCUCCAGUACGCUGUAGAAAUUUUGUUAUGAUCGGUCCAGUAGUUCUGAAGUUAUUGUACUGGAAACAAAUGUGUGUUUGUACCGUUCUGCGAUUCUCACGCGUGAUCAAAAGGAGAACCGUUUAGCGAUCUGUGAAGAACUGCUCCAGCGUGUGAAUACGGAUGAAAAUUGCUUAAAAAAUAUUAUUAUUGGGGACGAAACAUGGAGCAGUUCUUCACAGAUCGCUAAACGGUUCUCCUUUUGAUCGCGCAUGAGAAUCGCAGAACGGUACAAACACACACUCGUUUCCAGUACAAUAACUUCAGAACUACUGGAGUGAUCAUAACGAAGUUUCUACAACGUACUGGAGAAGAAUGCGCUAUCUAUCUGUAAAAUCUUAAACUACAUCCGUGAAGUUUUACGCGCUCGACGAAAGAAUUCCGGUUUUUUUUUUAUCACACCUUGUAUAUAUAUGUACAUAUAUAUACAUAUAUAUAUAUAUAUAUAUA